AUGGCACAAGCCAAAGCAUCGACCUCCCGAUAUAAUCAAAACCAAACAUUGGGACCGCUUGAUGGUGUUCCUGUGGCGAUUAAAGAUGCGAUUGAUGUUAUAAGUUAUGAAACGCGUGUAGGAACAACAUUUCUUAAUCAUGGAAACCCUGCUUCAAAGGAUGCGUUUCUAGUAAAAAGAUUGAGAGAACAAGGUGCAAUCAUUAUUGGAAAAACAAACCUGCAUGAAAUUGCAUUUGGUAUUACAAAUAAUAAUCCGAGCACAUGUACACCUCGUAAUCCUUACAAUACCGAUCAUUAUUGUGGAGGGUCGAGUGGAGGUAGUGGUGGUUUAUGCCCAAUUGCUGUAGGCAACGAUGCUGGUGGUUCUAUUAGAAUACCAUCUUCUUUUUGUGGAAUUUAUGGAUUGAAGCCAACAUUUGGGAGGAUUUCUGUAACAGGAGAUUCAUUUUCACUUGCAACAAAAUUUACAUCAUUGGCGAAUUUUAUUGGUACACCAGCCGUUACAGUACCUGCAAGUUAUAAUGAUAAAAACCUGCCAAUUGGGAUACAAUUUAUGGCAAAAUGGUAUGAUGAAGCAACAUUAUUAAGAGUUGCUAAAGCUUCGGAAGAAAUUUUAGGAAAUAGAAGACGAAGACCUGAUGAAAAAUAUUGGUUUG